AUGGGGAGGAUUGAAUUACCCCUUCAAAUCGGUCCUAGCACGUACGAGAUAGACUUCUUAGUGAUGGACAUUAAACCCUCUUACAAUUGCCUAUUGGGAAGACCUUGGAUCCACUCGGCAGGGGCAGUGCCGUCAUCAUUACAUCAGAAGCUUAAACUUAUAACGGAAGGUCGAUUGGUGACCAUAAAUGCGGAGGAAGACAUCAUUGCAUCUGUUACCAGCAACGCACCAUAUGUGGGGACAGAUGAUGAAGCCAUGGAAUGUUCUUUUCGAUCGUUAGAAUUCGUAAAUGUGACCUUUGUUGUCGAAGGAAAUAAAGUCCCAACACCCAGACUUUCCAAAACCACAAGAAUGGGACUACAAUUGAUGGUUGGGAAGGGAGCCUUGCCAGGGAAAGGACUUGGAAGAAGCCUACAAGGAAGGGUCAAAGUACCUAUGCUUACGGACAAACGGGACCGCUUUGGCUUAGGAUUCAAGCCAGAUGCAAGACAAAAGAAAGAGGAGCAAGAGAAGAAACAAGAAAGAAGAAGAGCGCGUUUGAACGGGGAAGAGAUUAAAUGGAAACCAAUGACCUUUCCCCAUAUAUCCAGAACAUUUGUGUCAGGAGGAACUAUUUAUGCCGAAGGAAGAUUGGCAGGCCAAGAGUCCACUGAAGAAAUGAGGAAAAACUUCAGCAUUAAUGCCACGUUCGAAGGAGGAACUGGAGAAGAGAAUGGGACUGGCAUUCGCCCUUAUGAGAAUGAUUUUAAUGGCAGUCUCAUCCCAGAGUUUUUUGGUUCUUUGAAAAAUUUGAAAUUACUGGAUCUCUCUAAUGCUAAUUUUAGAGGUCCAAUUCCUUCUCUACUUGGAAAUCUUUCAAUGCUGGAGGCUCUUAGAUUGGGUGGUAACGGUGGAGACGUUACCUUUCACCGUAACAUCAAAAAAAUGUAUAGUGUUGGAAAACUUGAGUGGCUUUCCCACCUUUCUCGUUUGAAAGAGGUUGAUCUCAGUCUCACUAACCUGAGCAAUGCCAAUGACUGCAACAACCUUGUUUCCCUUAAUCUCUCAAAUAACCAGUUGAAAGGUCCAAUUCCAGAAGACUUCGGGAACAUGAAGGCUACUCAACACCUUGAUCUGAGUCAUAAUCUUUUAAAUGGAUCCAUAAGCAAAUGCAUUGGACAACUGUCCAACCUGAAAGUCUGGCUGCUUGCAGAGAAUUCUUUUGAUGGUGAUGUGCUUUCCGAAACUCAUUUCUCAUAUCUUAUCUAUUUAAAGGUGUUGGAUUUAUCCUACACUUCUUUGACUUUGAAAUUCAACUCCGGAUGGAUUCCUCCUUUUCAACUGAAUCAAAUAAAGCUUUGCUCUUGCAAGUUAGGGCCUCAUUUCCCAGAUUGGAUUCGGACUCAAGUGGGCACUCAAACCCCUUACCUUGAUACUCGUUUUGUAGAUUACCUUGAUGUUUCUGCUUCAGGAAUUUCGGAUUCUCUUGCCUAUUGGUUUUGGGACUCAAGUUACAGCUCAAUGUACAUAAACAUGUCUUUCAAUCAGAUCAGUGGUACUUUCCCAAAUAACUCUAUCCGCAUAAGACUUCUAGAUCUAAGCUCUAAUAAUUUCUCAGGACCAUUGCCACAUUUUUCUUUAGACUUAGGGAAUAUGGGGACCAUUAACCUUUCCAAAAAUAUGUUUACUGGUUCAGUCUCUGCAAUUUGCAAUAUUACCAAUGAAGGUAUUUUGAAAUUGAUUGAUCUCUCAAAUAAUCUAUUUUCUGGAGUGGUUCCAGACUGUUUUGAGAGUUUCCAAUCUUUAACAGCUUUGAAUUUGGGUGAUAAUAGUUUCUCAGGCUCACUUCCAAGCUCCUUAGGAUCUUUGACUUCUCUUGAAAUGCUCAGUUUACGUGGUAAUAACUUCUUAGGAGAAUUACCUUCAUCUUUACAAAAUUGUACCAGGUUAAAAUUUUUGGACUUGAGUGAUAAUGAAUUAUCUAGAGAAAUACCUAUUUGGAUCGGCCAAAGGCUUUCAUCGUUGGUUUUUCUUAGCCUUCAAGGGAACCAGUUCAGGGGAAGGAUUCCCCAUCAACUUUGUGAUUGA